ACGGCAGUAGAUCAGAGAGAGCGAAGUGAGACAUGGACUACCGUCAGAUUGACAGGGUGGGCCUUUUGUCCCCCCUGGAGGAGUCCAGCGCUGAGAUAAGCAGAGACAGCGGCAUCGUCUCCCAAAGUGCGAGCAGUUUGUCCAUGGUGAGCGAAAUCCUCAGCAGCGGCACCGUGUCGCAGAGUCCCAGCUUUGGCGCGGCAGCUAACGUUAUCUCCCAAAGCCCGAGCCUCAACGAAGCAUCAGAGCCCGGGACAACCGACCAGCACGACCCGGAGGAGGAUGACGAAGUCCUGAGACACACCGCCCUCAGCUACUCCUCGUACAUCAGGGCGACAGCUGGAGAGGAGAUCCUGUGUUUGGAGAAGAGCUUGGAAGAAAUGCUGACAAGAGUAGAUGAGUUUGUUGGAAUGCUGGAUAUGAUCCGCAAUGAUACCUCGCAGAUAGUAAAUGAAAAUCUACCUCAGAUCCAACAGAAGUCUGAUGAAAUGAGACAAAUAUAUAGAAGAAUUGAUAAGCUGGAGGCCUUUGUAAAGAUGGUGGGAGCCAAUGUCAGCGCCAUGGAGGAGCAAGUCACACAGGCAGAGGGAGAAGUAGGAACACUACCGGGUGCUUUCAAGAAGAUCCUCCGCACAAUGAGUGUCCCAGGCUUCUUAAAUAAACCGGCCAGCCCUAGAAGACCAGCACCACAUCAGCGUCAAGAGAUCCCCAGCGUGUUCCGGACAGAUGAUUAUUUCACGUCACAGCCAGAACAGUGACACAAGAGAACAUUAAACACAUAUCUUGGUUCUAACCUCAGAGGCCUGUUUGGGUGAAACUGUAGAGACAACUUUUACUGCCAUCCAUUGCAAGAGGAUCUAUUGGUGCAGUGGCCUCAACAAAGCAAUAGUAGCCUUUCUGAACAAGUCGGUGGAAGUCAAGUGUGUGAAGAUACUCUGCUUCUUUGAGUGUCAUUUUCCUGGCAGCAACAAGCACUGAACUGUAGCUAAAUGAUUUUAAAAGUGCCUAAAUGGGUCUUAUUUCUGUCAGUCUUGUUUUCACUAAUUGUGAAGAAAACCAUGUCAGCUGUUAAAUGUGACUAGUCAGGAGGACAUAGUCAUCCCACUGUAGAGAAGGUACAAUCGAAAGAGCUGUAAAGAUCUUAAAAAUGUAUUAUACAAAGAAUUAACCCAGCUUUCUUUUUAUAAAUUACAUUCCUGUUACUAGUGUUUGUAAAAACCUGCACGCUCUUAUGAAUUAAUCUGUAUUUCUAAUGUCUUAUCACUCUCCCCCAGCAAUAUUGAUCUCAUCCAGUUAAGCAUUUAGUGUCUUCCAUUUCAAAAUAUUCACUUUAUUCCUAGCCUGAUGCUACUGGAUAUGGAUGACAGCCAUUGAUGUGGGGCUACAUCUUCAAUGGCACCUUUUUCAACGAAAAAAAAAAAGCACACUACUGAUGAAUUGUGUUACUUUUACAAAUCAGACUAUCUGAUGAAUCAAAGUUUGGGCCAGUGAUGAAGCUGUGAGUCAGUUUUGUAACAAUAGCUGGAGGAAAGUUGGAUCUUGUCCUUGGGAGAAAACCAUAUCUUAGAAAUGUGAUGUGGCCCUUACCCUGCCAACAAGGUCUAAUCAGUAAUGGUUACAGCUGUAAUUCAUUAUUCGAUUCAUUAUUUGCCAAAAUAGUUAGAAAUAACAAUGUUUCAUUUACAGGUUGAUUUUGUUUUACGUUUUUAAAAUAAUCAUUAAAGAUUUAUUUGAGACAA